CCACACUUGUGCUGCCACAGUGACAGCAGCUCAAGCUUUUCCCUUGCCACUAUUAUUUUCUGUUCAGCACCUCCAUUCCCUCUCAACGCAAGCGAUAACACCAGCCCAGGGCAGCAGCUCCAUCUGUGCUGGCACCGCAACAACCAGCAAUUUGCACAGAACUUCCAGUGAAGACAAACUUCUCAGAGCUUCAUUAGCCCCAAAUUGAAACGCUUCCAGCUGUGAUCGAGAUGGAUCCAACCACGUACGGAUUCAUGCCCAGGCGUUUCGGUGGAAACACCCACUGGUAGAUGCUGCAGGAAAGGACCCCUGUUUCUCAAUCAAAUAAAGCCCAGGAAAUCCAUGGCAGUGAUCUACAGGAACAAGGUGGAUAUUUGAAUCUCUCCGGAGUGAAGAGAGAAGAGGUACAAGGCAAGCACCUCAGCAAUUCAAUAAAACUAGCUCCCUGUGCAAACCUGCGCCAGCUCUGACUCACCAAAGCCCACAAAAGCCUUCAGCCCAUUUAAAUCAAUCUGCCUGGUUCACAUCCCAUCAGCAGGAAAAAGCAUUUCCACCCUCAACACACCUCAGGACACGGGGGAGCAGAGGUGGUUUUCCAGAACAGCUCACCCAGGGCACAGCACAGCCUCACGGGGACCCAGGGCAAACUCCUCAGCACACACUCCUCUGACAGAGCAACAGCUCUCAUUGUGGAUAGAGGAAACUUGGGUCUACAUUUCACAGGAUCCUGCUGGACGUGAAGCUGUGACAGAGCAGGGAAUAGUCUGGGGCUGAGUGCUGCUUUUCUAACUCAGGACUGGUAAAAAUUAUCUUUCUGUAUUUCACAAGCUCUUUACAGCCUCAUCAUUGUUCUUGCCAAGGAAAAUUUAUCAGGAGCUGAAGUAGAAGCUGUUAUUUUUUUGUGACAGAGCUGAUAAUCUGCUUCUUCCCCUUUGCUUAUAGAAUAGUCCGUGAGGCCUUUCAUCUUUAUUGUGGUUUCUGUGCGUGAGAUCCAGAGAAGGGUGUUUGGAAACACCCAGCCCUGAGCAGCACGGGAAGGGUCAGAUGAGUCCCAGCUGUUCUCAAGCACCCCAGCAAAUGGGGAAAAACCCUCUUCCCAUCCAGGGGCCAAGAGGAAGUGCUGGGUUCCCAAUUCUGCCUAUUUCUCAAGCGUCCGCAGGCCGAUGUCCCCGCGAGUGUCAUGGGCUCCCCUGGAGAGGGCAGCCGAGCAUUGCUGAACUGAGCACCGAGCUGGGACACUCCUGAGCCACCAGUAAUGGCAGAGGGGACACGUAUGACGUAGAGAUUUAGGGAGCAGAAGGUGUAAUUGCUGUAGAAAAGCAUCACAAACCCAUUGAAUGGGGGGAACUGGGAUCCACGCAGGAGGGAAGGUUGAGUUCUUGCUCGGGAGAAGACAGGUUGUGGCUGCUCUGUAGGAUGUCAGAGCAGGACCUGCUGUGGGGCAGGCCAAGGAGCACAGCCUUUCCUUUGCAGCCAGCACAGCAUGUGCUCCUCACUACACGUUGUAUGGUCUUCACCCAACCAUAAUGUGGUCGAUUCCUUUGGGAUUUGGGGCAAACUUGCCUCUAGCCACUGACACGAAGCCUCAAGUAACAGGAGAUACCCUCCCACCACAGUGCUCUGGUGUCCCCUGCCAGAUGUCCCUGCUUUCCAGCAGCAAGAGCACAACCUGCAAAUAAGCAGCUCCAGACUGCUGCUGCCCAGCAGAGGGGAAGAGGAGAGCAGAGAGUGGGUAGAGCAGAGACCUCAACCUCUGCAGCCUGGGUCCAGCACGACCACAGGGGUAUGAUGAUGUAACUUCAGACCUUAAGCCAUUUCCUUUCCCCUUCCACUUGCAAAAAGAAAAUCAACUUGCUCUUCUGGCAUUAGCAGAGUGUGUUUUUGCACAGAGAAGUGACGUGCCCACUUUCUGGGGCACAGACUGGUGCAGUUCUUCCUGUUGAUGGUGUCAGGCAAGCACACAGAUGGCAGAUUUCUGAGCUUGCCCUUAGACCUGCCCACAGGAAAACGGAGGAAAUGGAGGGACUGAGGACAUUAUUUCAGGGAGUCGGAGGGUUAGGCUGGUUGUGAGAUGUGGCACUAGCAGCCAGGAGCAGAACACAAGACCCAGAGGGGAAUGGGGAAGGAGAAAAAACCCGACACGCGUUCGCUGAAAGAAUGCGAAAGAGAGCAAGAAACCAGGGGAAGGAUUUGCACCAAUGGAUUUCCAGCCCAGGGGAAUAAACCAGAAUGGUACGAGAAACCCAGAUGAGAGCAGGAGCGAUGUGAAAGGAGAGGGAAGCGGGCGCCGUCUGCAGCUGCACAAACUGCCCUGAGAGCUGGAGAGAUGGGAAGCCCCCGGGCACCCCCAGCCCGCACCGCCAGCCAGAGGAGAUGAGUCGUACGGAGUCCCUGGCAGCGCAAUAUCUCUCAUCCUUCUCCAUCGUACAAUUCUCAGCGUUGCUGCUUCCCUCUUGUGGUAAGAAAACAGCCCGAGAGACAGAGGUGGUACGGACUACGGACACGGUACGGACUACGGACACGGUACGGACCUGGUACCCAUGGGCUGCGAUAGACGGGUCUCGGCCAAAUCACCAGUGGGACAAAGCCUGGAUCUCUGCUGGGAAAGGGUGGAAUUGGCUCCAGCAUUUGGGCUGUGGACCUGAAAAGCAUCCAAAGAAGUGCAGAAGGAAGCAAAACCACUCUCUGCAAGCUCCUGGCUCUAGUUAAUUACAAUGGAUAUUUGUAAAACACAUGAAAAUGCCUCCAAGUGCAGUGCGAGCACCAUGGAGUGCUUCAUGGUCCUCAGCACACAAGCACAGAAGAUAAGCAUUGCCACACUGUGCGGCCUCUUUGGGACACUGUGCGUUUUUGAGAACUCUUUGGUGUUGUACUUGAUCUUCUCCUCCCCUGGGACCAGGAGAAAGCCUUCCUACAUCUUUAUCAGCAGCCUGGCCUUGGCUGACAUUCUGGCCAGCAUCAUCUUCGUCUGCAGUUUUGUUAACUUCCACGUCUUUAAUGAAACUGAUUUCUCUAAAGAAAUGUACCUGCUGCAGCUGGGAGGGGUGAACACGGCCUUCUCUGCCUCCCUGAGCAGCUUGCUGCUGAUGGCCCUGGACCGCUACAUCUCCAUCAGCCGGCCCUCCGAGUACAAGCUCCUCAUGACAGGGAAGAGAGCGUGGGUAGCCCUGGGGGUGCUCUGGGUGACAUGUGCAAUCAUUGCUUCCCUGCCCCUCCUGGGCUGGAACUGCUGCACGCUUAAUUCCACCUGCUCCGAGCUCUUCCCCUUUGUGGAUGAGAACUAUAUGUCGAGCUGGAUCUUCUUCAUCAUAGUCCUGCUGGGGUGUAUCAUCUACGCCUACACGCAUGUGCUAUGGAAGGCUCACCAGCACGCGGCCUACAUGGAGAAGCACCAAGUGCAGGUGGGGAAGCAAAACACCAGGAUGAGGAUGGACGUCAUGCUGGCCAAGACCCUUGUCAUGGUGCUGACUGUCCUCGUGCUGUGCUGGUCCCCGGUCCUCGUUCUCAUGAUCUACAGCAUCUUUGCUAAGCUGAGCAAUUACCUGCGCAAGGUGUUUGCCUUCUGCAGCACCCUCUGCCUGCUCAAUUCCAUGGUGAACCCCAUUAUUUAUGCCCUGCGGAGCAAGGAGCUAUAUUCCUCCCUGAGGAUGGUCUUUUCUCGCUUCAGAAGGCAGCUGAAGGCCUCUGAGGAAAGCCCAGAAGCAGAGAGCACCCACAAAUCCUCCAUGAUAGAGACUGUCUGCGAGGACAUGCGCGUAACAUAGGGAGGCAGCUGUGGGAAGUCCAUGCUCAGGCUGGCAGAAGGAGUCUGGAUCCCUUCUAUUCUUUUCUCUUUUUGUGGAGGUCCUGAGAGACGGGGGCUCAGAUGCCUGUCAUGGAGCCAGCUCCCACGGAUGUUAUUCUUAGGCGCUGGGAUGUAAAGUGCACAGACUUACACAGGCAGCUGGUCCCCAAGCUGCAGAGAAACCAGUACCACAUCAAUGUGCCAGCCACGAGGCAGCAGAUAUUGCUGUGCCCCAGAACAGCAGAUCCGAACAUUUUAUGACAAUUCCUCCUGCUUGGCCUCCUUCCUGGCCUAUCCUCCUAACCCAUUUUUCUUAUAUUCAGUGGUGUCUUCCUUAUAUUCCCUUAAAAUGUAGCCAACCUCACAUAAAACACUCCGCAGACCUUCAGUUUCUCUAGAAAUCCCCAGGCAUCACAUAACUCCCUCUAAACCCCUUAAGCGAGCGCGGGCAGAGUUAUACAAGCAUUGUCAGCAAAGUGCUAACAGCACAUUGCUACAUGGCAGAGGUACAUCUAUUUAUACCAGGCUUGAAUACCGUCCCGGUUACGUAUUAGCAGCAUGGUGACAAAAGGUCUUCAGGUCCUGGAAAGGUGGCAGAGAACAACAUCGAGUCGUGACGGGGUCCUGACGAUGGUUAAUGCCUCGCUGCAUCGCGUGGGAGCAGGAGGGAUCUCGAUCCUUGCUGGGAAAGCUGUAGGUGAUUUCUCUGGACUCGCUUGCAGAUGGUCCCAGCUAAUCCUGUCUUGCAGCAUUUAGGGUCAUAUUGAUUUUAGCGUCUCAUUCUUUAUGGAAAACCAAAAUGCUCUCACUGUGGCUUACGGACUAUGCCAUAGUUGAGGGUUACGAGGCGGACGGGACACUGCAGGUGGCAUGUUUCUUGCAGCAAAUUUAAGGGAAGCUAACCUGUGCCACACAGGUAUUUGUUGGAUGUUAUGUGAUUAAACAUUAAAGACA